UUAUUAUCACCAACUUCAUCGCCAUACUGUACAGGAGUUAGGGUAUUAUUAUCACCAACUUCAUCGCCAUACUGUACAGGAGUUAGGGUAUUAUUAUCACCAACUUCAUCGCCAUACAGUACAGGAGUUAGGGUAUUAUUAUCACCAACUUCAUCGCCAUACUAUACAGGAGUUAGGGUAUUAUUAUCACCAACUUCAUCGCCAUACUGUACAGGAGUUAGGGUAUUAUUAUCACCAACUUCAUCGCCAUACUGUACAGGAGUUAGGGUAUUAUUAUCACCAACUUCAUCGCCAUACUGUACAGGAGUUAGGGUAUUAUUAUCACCAACAUCAUCGCCAUACUGUACAGGAGUUAGGGUAUUAUUAUCACCAACUUCAUUGCCAUUCUGUACAGGAGUUAGGGUAUUAUUAUCACCAACUUCAUCGCCAUACUAUACAGGAGUUAGGGUAUUAUUAUCACCAACUUCAUCGCCAUACUGUACAGGAGUUAGGGUAUUAUUAUCACCAACUUCAUCGCCAUACUGUACAGGAGUUAGGGUAUUAUUAUCACCAACUUCAUCGCCAUACUGUACAGGAGUUAGGGUAUUAUUAUCACCAACUUCAUCGCCAUACUAUACAGGAGUUAGGGUAUUAUUAUCACCAACUUCAUCGCCAUACUGUACAGGAGUUAGGGUAUUAUUAUCACCAACUUCAUCGCCAUACUGUACAGGAGUUGGGGUAUUAUUAUCACCAACUUCAUCGCCAUACUAUACAGGAGUUAGGGUUUUAUUAUCACCAACUUCAUCGCCAUACUGUACAGGAGUUAGGGUAUUAUUAUCACCAACUUCAUCGCCAUACUGUACAGGAGUUAGGGUAUUAGGGUUCGGGUGUGUAUUCCAUAACUCAACUGCAGACGGUAGGAAAGAAUUUUCAUAUUGGACAGACUUUGAUGGAAUUCCCUUUAAUUCGUCUUGA